AUGAGAACUCCAACGCUCGGCGAUGGGAAAGGCAUCCCGGAGGAGUUUAUCGAGGCAGUUAUGCAGAUACUGCUCGGCGAGAAAAACUACAGCGUCCAUGGCGAUUACAGUGCGCCGUCACUGAAGCCGGUCGUCGCACAGAUCUACCCGCUGUUCAUACUGCUGUACGCGAUACCGACCGCACUCGGGCUAACGCUGAACGUGAUGAUCAUCGUGUACAUCAGCAAGUACAAGCUGUACCGGGACGUGACGCACGCCUUUCUCGUCAACCUGGCCGUCUGCCACUGUGUGCAGAGUGCGUUCGUGCUGCCGAUCACGCUGAUGGUGAUCAUGAUCCAAAACUGGGUGUUUGGACAGUUUAUGUGCUUCUUUUUGCCGCUGCUGCAGGACAUCCCACUACAUGUGGCCAUGCUGUCGCACCUGCUGAUUGCCUGGGACCGUAAGCGUUGGCUCACCGAUCCGCUCAAGGUACGGCUGCCGGCAUUCGUGUGCAGUUGCGCUUCUUGGUUGGCCGGUUUGGUCAUCGCACUGCCGUUCCCGAUCUACACCACGUAUUUGGAUCUGGAGAUAAUUCUGCCAGGGUUUGCCGGUGUAGGAGUCUGCAUAGUCAACCUGGUAGAUGACAUACAGGAGUAUACGCGCGGUCUGUUCGUGAUCAUGUACUGCGCACCGAUGACUCUGCUCGGCUAUCUCUACAUCCGCACGUCCCGCGAACUGCGUCCCCCGGAUGGGCCACUCUCGAUAAUGAUGUUCGAGGCACGGGCCGAAGCACGAAGCCGCCAGAUCCGUCUAUCUAAAGCGGGCCGUGGAAAAGGCACCGGCGCUGCAGGAAGUGCCACCGCGGCAGCCGGCGAUGGUGCGGCGGAGCACGAGGGAACGCCGGGCGCGGCAACAGGCUCGGCCGUCUCAGCGUCGGCCAAUUUGGGCGGCAACUCCCGGACGUACGAUCUGUACGAUGCGGAGGCGGAUGUCAACCGGGAAAAGCGCACCCAGCGUCACCUGGGAGCGAUGGCCGCGUCCCAGGUACUGUGCGUCUGCCCAUUAAUGAUCCUCAGGCUCGCCCGAAUGUCGGUGGCGGAGACAUACGAGAACCAGGCACACUACGACAUCACCUUUCUGAUGUUCGUCUGGAUCGCCUUCCUGCCCACCAUCAUCGUGCCGUGGAUGUAUGCGUCCUGGGUGCUCUCGAAACCGACUAAAGAACGUUUGCGAGGUUAUUUACGGUUGUCGUCACGCCGCAACACAAACACCCGUUCGGAGCAGUCGUUGGACGAGACGGGCGGUGCACCAGUAGGCAAGAGCCAGGGUAAGAAUACACCUUCAGCAACUCCGAUGUCAGCCGUAGGUCCGCUGAAGUCAUCGGCCGCACCAACAGGACGUCCAGGCUCUCCACCCCAUCGCCGUACAGCAUCUGGCCGUUCCGGCGCCCGUACAUCAUCGCUACAGUCUGAAGUGACGCUAACGGCGUCGAACGGUACGGCUACCACCUCCAUGAGCAUAGAUAGCGAUUCUACCAGAUCUCCGGCGUGCAGCAGUGUGCGUACCGCCGAGACAACCGUUUCGCGCCAAUCGUCGAUAGGAAGACCGCGCCGUCAACUACCGCCACCGCUACGCAUCGAGGAAAGUAACUUCCACAAGACACCGUCGGUGAAGUCGAACCGGACCCUCACCUCCAACGCGCACAACUCAUCCAUCCGCUCGACGGCGAGUCGGGUCAGCCGGACCAGCAGUACGGCGCCACUCUAUCCGCGCCGUUACAGUACCCACAGCCGUCAAACGUCACAGCUGUCACAGGCAGAGGAUGAAGACGAUGUGAGUUCGCUCGUCGGCAACAGUUCGGACAUUACUUCGAGCACGUACUGCGACCGAGGUCCCGAUGCGGGACCACUCUACACGGACGAUCCGCUCGGUGUGAGUGCGCGACGUUCCACCACAGGCACGCUAGCUCCACCGUACCGACGGCGCAGUUCUGCCCAAACCCACGCUUCGUCACAUUUGUCCACAACGCGCCCACUCUACCCAUCCACACCGGACGAGCGUGAUGGUGGUCCACCAGCGGCGGUUGGUGGUACAUCCGGCGGUGCUGAGGAUGAUGACGACGAGUCGGAAAUCUUCAGCUCAGUGUCGCAACCGUCCGCACGCAAACGUCCGGUAGGCAUCCUGAAGGCGACACCCUCGAUCGUGUCGAUCAGCGAGAGUGAGUACUCCUCGCGCAAGGGUUCGUUUAGCACGCUGUCCCGCGAUCUCGAGAUUAUCGAUCAGCUCGAGCGGGAGCGCAGCAUGGACAUACAGGAGAUGAUACAGCGCGAGAAAACGUACGAACAGUACUUGGUGCGUCAAAACUCGAAGCUCAAAUUUUCCACCAACUUUGAUGACUACUUUGAAGCUGCGGCAGCAGCCGUAUCGGCGACCCUUCCCGAGCCACCAGUACCGUCGCAUCAGUCGGGUAGUGCUCAGCUUCCACUGCAACCCACCGCUCAGCUUCCUGCACCACCGCCGGCCGGCGGUAGUUUGUCUCCCCGGCGGGCCCGCUCUCCGAUGCACCGGAGGGGAAGCCAGCUGCCAACGGCAGGCACGCUACCCGUCGUCUCGUUGGCUAGCGAGCGGGCUCAGGUAUUUGGACCUCGACGGUCUAUAGAGCUCGAGCGUCGGUUCCAUCGGACGUACUCGACGAGUGGUUCGACGCGCAGUUCGACAAAAUCGCGUGAUCGCAUUACCUUCCAGGACGAUGUCUGAGAGUUGGGUACGAGCGGUGGUGGAGUGGGUGGUAAGCUGGCACUGCGCA